AUGAGGAGGAACCACAGCCCCAUGAUUGCUACUGUUUUGGCACGUUCUAUUUUCAAGGAGGACUUUGAGAAAGCCCUCAAAGUGCAAACCCAGAGGACAUCGGGAGAGAUGUGGUGCUUGCUGUUGAUACUGACAUUGCUGAAUUUAAAACACACUGGAAACAUCAUUCCUGAUGCAAUGAAAAGGGUUUGAUAAAAGAUCCCCAUCGCAGUGAAGGAUAGAAAAACGAGUGAUAAAUCAGAAAUUAUUGAAGGCAUGACAUUUAUAGAAGAUAUGUCUCCACAUAGUUUAUUAACACACCAAAAGUCAAAAUUAUGUAUUCCAAGAGAUGCCUAUAUUCCGUUGAGUGAAAACAUUCCUAGGGCUGAGUCCAUUGUACCUGCUUUCAAAAUUGCCUGCUCUCACCAGAAGCCAUCAAUAAUCACGGAAGGAACUGAUGGAGAAUAUCUAAGUAGUGUUUUUCAGCAAGCUAAAGUGGGUCUUCAGGUUGUAGCUGUCAAAGCUCCAGGGCUUAGGGCCAGACUGAGCUUAAAGAUAAUACUGCUUGCUACCAGUGAUACAGUAUGUGAAGAGGAGCAUGACUUAGGAAAGGUUGGAGAGGCCAAUGUCACUAAAGAUGGCACCAUGUUUCUGAAAGGAAAAGGUGACAAAGCUCAAAAAGAAAAACAUAUUCAAAGACUGGCAGUUUGGUUAAACACUAUAACCAGUGAGUAUGAAAAGGGAAAGUUAAAUGAGCAUGUGGCUAAAUCUUCAGAUGAAGUAUCUGUGCUCAAGGCUGAAGGAACUAGCAAUGUUGAAGUGAAUGAAAAGAGUUAGAGAUGCCCCAACACUCCAAGUGCAGCUGUUGAAGAAGCUGUUGCUCUAGGAAGGGGUUUCAUUGUGAUUUGGUGCAAUCCAGCCUUGAAUUCAUUAAUGCCUGCUAAUAAAGAUCAGAAAAGUGGUAUACAGGUUGUUCAAGGAGCACUCAAAAUUGCUACAGUGACUAUUGCAAAGACUGUAUGUGUUGAAGAAAUUUUAAUUAUUGAGAAAACUCUACAAAGUCUCAUUGUUAGAGAUGGCGCUGUGCUGGGGGAUUUUGUGAACAUGGCGUGAGGGAGGGGAAUCAUUGAUCCAGUAAGAGCUUUAGGAAGUGCUUUACUGGAUGCUGCAAGGAUGGCCUCUAUGCUAACUAGUGAAAUUCCUAGAGAAGAGGACUCUGGAGUGGGAACAAUGGGAAGAAUUGGAACAGCCUCCCCGCGGUUUCCACCUCCAAACGUCUGCGGAGCGGCUAGGUGGAGCCCGCGCCCGCGGAGCCCUAGCGGACUCCAGAUCCGGGUUUUGCUGGCCACCCCUUUCUCCGGCUGGAGCCCCCCUCCCCGGUCCAGGGAGCUCUCGCGCCCGUCGCCCCGCCGGUGCCUCACUCCGGCCUCGGCUGCUUUGGCCACUAGCGCGCACUGUGCCCGUCUGCGGGUGCGUCGCCUCUCCGCCUGCUCGGCCAGCAGCGCUCCCUCCAGUUCCCAGGAGCGAAGAGGCAGAUGGUACGGCCGGGCCGGGAGGGCGCCGCCACCGCCACCGCCACCGCCGCCGCUGGCAUCUCGCGGACUGAGCGCAGCCUCCGCUCCCGCAGCUGCUGCCGCCGCCACCGCCUUGGCUCCGGGGGAGUCCAGAAGAGAAAAAGAACCGAAGCCCGCGGCCGAGGCGGUUGGCGGUGACGGCGGCGGCUCGGAGCCGGGGCCCCGCGAUGAUGCUCCCGCAUGCCCGCAGUUACCCGGCACGACCGGCGAGCUGAUCGGCCGCCACCGGAGCUCGGGGCUUGCCAGCCCCGGCAGACACGCAGCCCUCCGCGGCCCGGCGCCCGCUCUGCCCGCGCGUCCACACAGUGCACCAGGGAAGGAGUUUCCGCGGCUGGUUCCUGGGCUCUCCGAGCGGCUUGUGGGCGGCAGAGCGGACCCUCUACAGCCGGAGCACCUCGGGGGCAGCAGGAGGAGGACGACGAGGAGGGCUGGGCGGAGAAGCCACUACUGGUCCUCGCCGCUGCCCCUACCUAUCCCCUCCCUCCCUCUCGGAGGCGGAAAGGGGAGGACGAGGAAGAAGAAGAAAAAGAAAGAGAAGGGGGGUGGGGUGGGAGAACUGGAUAUAAAGAUCGGCUGGGGGGGAUGGUGGAAGAUUUUUGGUCUCCUCAGCAGCGGCUUUUCUUGCGGCGGCGGCGGCGGCGGCGGCUGCAAGAGAAGGGAAAAGCAGCCCUAG